GCUUCAUCCACAUCUGCUCGCAAUGCCGUCGCGAAGUUAUUGGGCUGUUGCGGCUCUCUUGUGCGCCUUCCUGCUCUUCAACGUCGCUCAAGCUGUCGUGGACAAGGCCAAUGACUCGGGUGCCAUUGGCCUGCUCUCCACCGAGGAUAUCGAGGACAAGCUGCAGGAAUGCCCCAUUGUCCAAGAGCUAAGCGCACACAAGGUCGCUACCAGCCCUCCCCCUGGUGGCUUGACCUCUCGCAUCUUCGCCGUUCUCUUUCCCGGCAGUCCCGCCGUCAAUGCUCUUCUGGCAACCCUCUACAUUUCCGGGCCGCCCAAUUUCCUGCUGGCACUAUGCCCGCCCAACAUUGACCCCUCGUCUCUCAGCAUUAUGGUUGCCUUCGCUGUCGGCGGCCUGAUGGGCGACACACUGUUCCAUCUGCUGCCAGAAAUCUUCCUUGGCGAAGAAGAAGUUGACCGUGUCAAGUUCGUCAUGGUCGAGCCGAACAAGAACCUUUUGCUUGGUGUUGCCAUCAUGAUCGGCUUCAUGACCUUUGUUGCCAUGGACAAGGGUCUGCGCAUCGCGACUGGCGGCGAAGAUCCGCACGAUCACUCUCACGGGCACGGCCACGCCCACGCCGAUGACAAGCCCACUGCUACCACCAGUGGAGCUGACGCCGCAGGUGCUAGCUCUGUGCGCUCGCGGAAGUCUACCUCCAACACGCCCUCUUCCGUCUCUGAUUCCACAGAGCCCUCGAAAGAGCCUUCGGCCUCAGCCAAGCUGGGAGGUCUGCUGAACAUGAUAGCUGACUUUACGCACAACAUCACGGAUGGCCUCGCGCUCAGCAGUUCUUUCUACGCGUCGCCCACCAUCGGAGCCACUACGACCGUCGCUGUCUUCUUCCAUGAGAUCCCGCACGAGGUCGGUGAUUUCGCGCUGCUGAUUCAGUCAGGUUUCAGCAAGCGCGCGGCCAUGGGCGCGCAGUUCGUAACGGCAUUCGGCGCACUGCUGGGUACCGUUAUUGGAAUCGCCGUGCAGGAAUUUGGCGGCUCCUCUGCGUCCUCCGGCGAUGCGGAUCCGGGUCUCUUGGGUACGAGCCUCCGCUGGGGCGAUUUGUUGCUGCCUUUCACGGCGGGCACUUUCUUGUACGUCGGCACUGUCGCAGUCAUCCCUGAGAUGCUAGAGACAGGGCCAGACAGGAAGCGCGAGACGCGCAAGACGCUGACGCAGUUCGUGGCCAUUGCUGCGGGUGCGGGCAUCAUGCUGGCGAUCUCGUGGCACUGAGAGAUGGAUGAAUAGACGAAGGGAGUAGAGACGGAGGUUGGCCCAGACAAGAACCACAGCAUAAGCAGGUUUAUGGUUGUGGGCGAAAUGAGACGAAUGGAUGAUGUUGCUCGCGCGCAAGUGUGACAAGGGCCGCCACGUUUGGACGGUGGUCGCACUCGUAGCUUAGGUACUUUAUGUGGACGGGCAUACCGUAUUCAGCUAGGAGCUGAUACUCUCAGUCGGAAAAACAAGAAUCUAGAUAGGAGGCGGAUUUAGAAAGGCAUGGCAUACGCGACUUGAUUAUUGCGCGCUUCCGCUCCCAAAAUGCUUUUAGUUUAUUCAGAUCCCACUGUCUCACUCAUAC